AUGAUAACCAUCUAUGCAGUGACUGAUGGAUUGAAACAUGAUGGACAUCUUUCACCUUUUCCAUCUGCCACGGGGAUUGCAGGGGGCAUCGAUGGCUCUUUGGUAAUUCCAAAGAAUCCAAACUCGACGAUUGUGGACGACGUUUCCAAGAUCUGGCACGAUCCUGGUAAGGGAUCAAUCUGUGUACACCUGAAACAAAGCGCACGGUGUCCGUACCCAGCCUUACUCGGCAGGCUAUCCGAAUCGGCACUGGCAAUCUUGGAUUGGCAAGUACAGAAGACUGAAUCGUCAUCGGAUGGAGGUACCAUACAUUCCGGAGGUUAUAGCAACAAGUGGCUCGAUGCCGGAGACUACCUUGUGGAAAUCUUGAUCUUAUACUGCGAGGGUUUUGGAGUAGGUGCUUGGGAGACAUUCGAUAACAAGACGGCGUGGCUGGAAGCUGGAUUCAAAUCGAGAUGCAUCGAAGAUUCCAAGCGCAAUCGAAUCACUUGGGAAGAAGGUAAUAAAAUCAGUAUUCCAUCGUCGACAGAGGGAAAAGGAAGCUACCACUUGGGCAGGUGGGUCAUAACGCCAGGUAUACCACUACGACCUUUGUUCACGCGUCAUCAGCCAGUGGAGUGUACGGAUCCGAUGAAAGGAUACAGGCCACUGGAGCCUCUCCAAAAAUGUUGCGAGCCGUUGACAAAUCGAGAUAAGCCUACUAAUCGCACAUCGCUGUGGAACCACGAACAAGGAGACGAUGUGUUUGGUUUACCAGAAUAUCAGUUUCAGUGUCGGAUGAACAUCACCGAGGAAGAUCUCAUCGCAAAGCUUCGCAAACGUCAACAGGACGCAUCAACGGAAAAGAUAUGCGCUGUCGGUGACUCGCACAGGCGCUUGAUGCUGGAAAGAUCGCUACCGCAGCUGAGACUUACUGGCAUGUUUGAGUACAUCAAACAAUCCUGGAUUAGAACCUAUAAGAUUGCACCAGAAAUUGUCGAUCGAAAGUGUGAUCAAGUGUUCAUGCAGAUUGGGCGAUGGACUCCAAGCUGGUAUACUCGAAAUACCCCAUUCUCGUUUGCCAAAUAUCACUACAGACUGAAAAAUACUUAUCCAAAACGCGCUCAAGGUACUUGA